AUGAGCACGACCCCUCAGAUCCCCACCCCGGCUCAUAUGCUCGCGGAUUCCAUGUUGUCUCGACACUUUGGCAAAGAGACGGUCAAUUACUUCUCCAGCUCUCCAAUCAAUCGUUUAUCUUUCUUGCGCUCCGACCACCCGUUCCUGUCUACGGCUCUGAAGCACCCUUCGGCCCGGUUCGUACUGUUGAACAACCUAGCGCCCUUGACUCCGUCUCCAGCGCAGCUACACUAUGCCAAGUAUGACGAGGUUCGCAAGCUGGUGCCCCAGGAUAUCUUUGACACUUCCGAGGAAGAGAUGAUCAAGAACUAUGAUUCACGCAAGACACACCCGACCCUUAUCUUCCUCGGACUGGACGAGAAUCGCAAGGAAGGAGGACUGACGUGGAAGAUAUACUCUGGCACACCGUAUUUUGCAGUCGACGUAACCCCUAAGGGCCCUGAAGAGCAACAGACUGCAGCAAAGGAUGUGAUCAGUGCCAUGGAGGCCAAGGGACUGUCUUUCUUCCAAACACGAGUUGUCAUGUCCUUCUCCGCAGAUGAAGCUGCUAUUUACGCACAGGCACGUGCGCUGAUGGACUGGAACACUCGCAACACCUUCUGUGGCACAUGCGGCCACCGUACUUUGGCCGUGAAUGCAGGCACUAAGCGUGCCUGUCCGCCCACGGAUGUUGCACGAACAACCGAGGGCAAGGCAGAAGAGCGGCCGGAGUGCAAUACCCGUACUACGCUCUCUAACCUUUCUUUCCCCCGUACCGAUCCGACUAUCAUCGUGGCGGUAGUCUCUGCCGACGGCAAGCGAAUCCUGCUAGGCCGCUCUAAGCGCUUCCCACCAGGGUGGUAUUCCACCUUAGCUGGGUUCAUUGAGCCAGCAGAGUCGAUUGAGGAUGCUGUGCGGAGAGAGGUGUGGGAGGAGUCGGGUGUCACUUUGUCCCGUGUUGUUAUCCACUCCUCGCAGCCUUGGCCGUACCCGGCCAAUCUGAUGAUUGGUGCUAUUGCCCAGGUCAGUGACCCCGCUCACGAGACGAUCUCUUUGCAACAUGACCCUGAGUUGGAGGAUGCACGGUGGUUUGAGGUGGAGGAGGUGGAGGAGGCGCUGCGCAUUGGUACCAGUGACUUGAGUUCUGAGGCUGGUCCGGAAUAUAAGGGCGGCUUGCGAUUGCCCCCUCCUACGGCCAUUGCCAAUCAGUUGAUCCAGGCUGCUGUGAGUGCAGACUAUUUUGCGGCAGAGAAGCAUUCCAAGAUAUAA